UUGUCCGCUUCCUGGAGCCAUUUUUCGCUCUAGCGAGAGGGAGUUUGCAUCGCAUUUUAAUCGCUUACAUCGGGUGUUUUAGGCUUCAGCGAUUUCACUCAUAUUACAUCGAUGCAUUCCUAACACUGUGCGCUUUCAUCAUUUAUGAUUAUUUUGCAUCCGCUCGCUCGGAUUUGAGAGAAAUCGAGCCUCAAAGCACAAGUGGGACAAAGGGAACCUGCGCCUCUGAGGAUCAUGAGAAAGGGGGGUUCCUCGGUCCCAGGACAAGUAAUGUUAACAGGGGUUGUUAGAGGUGAACAACACGGUGUUUUUAGCGCGGUUUCCGAUCGACGGUGUGCAGCUUAUUCCAACGCAGCCCGUAUACAAAUAAACACACCGCCGUCCACUAAUAAUGUCUGUGCGCCCGAGGCUUCUGCUGACAGUUUGUACACAACUCCUUUACAAGGAGCGACGCAUGGGACGGGACUGCGACCCACGCUGGGACGACCACCGGCUAAAAGGAGACUGGAGCUGGACAUCACAGACCACCAGUACAGCGAGCCAGCUAAAACCCUUCGGAGCCGCAAAGGAGCUCUAAAGCUGAAGGUCCCCAAAGCUCCCAAAACCCCACCGGAGAAGACCCGAUACGACACAUCCUUGGGAUUCUUGACUAAAAAGUUCUGUCAGCUGCUGGCGCAGUCCUCCGAUGGAGUGCUGGAUCUCAAUAAAGCCGCCAUUGUGCUCAACGUCCAGAAGAGACGUCUGUAUGACAUCACCAACGUGCUGGAGGGGGUGCGCCUCAUCAAGAAGAAGUCGAAGAACAACAUACAAUGGCUGGGCUCCAGUUUGCCGUCAGAAGGUGGCGUUCCGUCUCCGGCCGUGCAGAGUCACAGCCUGGCCAGAGAGAUGCUCGCGCUCACUCAGGAGGAGAGGCGCUUGGACGAGCUCAUUCAGACCUGCACGCGCAACGUCCAGCAGAUGACUGAAGAGAUACACAGUCAGAAAUAUGCUUAUGUGACCUAUCAGGACAUCCGAAGAAUAAAGAGCCUAAAAGACCAAACCGUCAUAGCGGUUAAAGCACCAUCUGAAACAAAGUUGGAGGUCCCUGACCCAAAGGAGAGUUUACAGGUGCACCUGAGCAGCUCCAAGGGUCCCAUUGACGUUUUCCUCUGCACGGACGGUGGUGACUCCGGGAGCCUGCUGCAGAACGGCCUUGAUGUGAAUGGAAAUCAUCCUGCGUUUCUCAAAGUCUCCCAAGAAGCCGCUACAGAUGGAGUGGCCGAUGGCGUGAAGAUGAACGGCAGCUCUAACGGUGGCGUCAACGGUUACGAGCCCCUGACCGGAAGUGCCCCUAUGUCACCCCUCAGUUCCUCCUUGUCUUCCAUUCUCCAGCAGCCGGAGGAGUCCAUCCCCUUCGUGCCGCUGUCUCCUGCUCUUCUCAGUGAUGAAUACAUGCUGGGCCUGGGUGAUGAGCAGGGCAUAAGCGACCUGUUUGACUCCUGCGACCUGGACACGUUAGCGCUGGAUGACCUGCUCAGGAUAUGAGCCGUCCCGGAGACCGACCGGACCCGUUUUCAAGUUAGUCGAUGGUGCUUCUUGGUUCCUGAAUGGUAUCUGGAUUGGCGAGAUUGGUGGGCAUAACUCUGGGCAUGAACUACAGACUGAACUUCACGAAUACUAGAAUUUUGUCGCGUUUGACAUUGACCGUUUACGCAUGGAUCCUACUGCUAAGGGAUCCAAGAUUUCUGUUGUCUGAUACUGUACAGAUGGGUUUCUGUAUCCUGAUAAUGUCGUUUUAAAGUUACUUUUAGUGUGGUGAAUUGCAUGAGCUGUGUGAUUUAUGAUCUUUGUCAUACCAGAUUUCCUGACGGCACUGCUACAAAUAACGCCGAAAGGUCACAAUUUCUUGAAAAUGGAGUAUUUCUCUACUCUUAAUGUGGAUGUUAUUGUCCUUUUGAGAAGCCCUUGCUUGCUUCCUUGGAGGAAGAAACGUCUCUGCAUCAUAGGUUAGCUAAGUAUCAAAAGAUCAGCGAGUUGUUUCGUUAUUGAAUGAUCCAAAGUGCAUUUGGUGCUCUAUCAUUAGUAUGCUUUUUGCCAGUGUUCAGCUUCUCAGGGCACAGAUCAAGGAGCGAGUGCUUUGUGUGGCCAUCUAGUGAUCGCUGGGUAAAAUCAAAUGUUUUCCUGAGCUACAGUGUCUUAUCCCUUUUGUUACCAAAAGAUUUUUCGCAAAGAAAUGACGAUGUUUAUGCAUUGCGGUGCGAUUCAUCGUUUAAACAAAAAAUAUAAUUAUUCUGCGAGUUCGGAUACUACAGAUUUAAAUUUUAGAUUGGCAAGUGAACUUUGAAUAUAAGCAUAAUGUAGUCCCCCUUAAUGUUGAAUGUAUUUCAGUAUCUGGAUUGCACUGAAGACUGAAGUCUUACGAAGCCAUCAUGUACGUCUGUGGCGUAAAUCGCCAUGAUUAUAACGGAGAAUUGUAGGUUUUUCAGUAGCAGGGUUUUUUUUUUUUUU